AACCUUGAGGAAUGACAACAAAUGAAGAUAACUGGUUUACAAAAUUUAAAAAUAUUUAAUUUUUAAUUUUAAUCUGAGUAUCUGACGACUGACACAUUUCGAAUUUUAUCUUUGGAAGUUUGAAAAUUGGGUUGAAUUUUGAUUUUUUUAAUUAUAUUUUAAACUAUUUCACAAUGGAUCCUCCACAAAAUUUUGAUCAAUUCUCUCUAAAACGAAUUUUGAUGAAUGACACACAACGUAAAAUGAUCGCUGUUGAAGGCAAUUUUAAUGGACACCAGGAACCAGCAGUUGUUGUUAUAGAAAAGUAUGCGUUUGAUGAAGCUUCUGUUUUAAAUGUGUGCAAUGUUCAGACUAAGUUUAAAAAAAAUUUAGAAAAUGAUAUUUAUAAAUCAUUUAGUUGUGUGCCACCAUAUGAUGAAAACAUUUCUUCCAAUAAAAUGGACAUAAUAUAUCCUGCAACAGACAAACACAUUUUAAAGUUUUCAAGUCAACCUCUGUAUUUUGUUCAAGAAACAGAAGAAAUGUAUCAAACUAUAACUUUACCUCAUAUCUUGGGUAGCAGUUUGUCACUACAAUGGCUAUACAAUUGCUUAGAAUAUAAAUCAGAAAAAGAAAGAAUAAAAUAUGAUACGGCUUCUGAAAAUCAAAAAGAUGACGAAGAUAAUGGAUUUUUACUUUUACCAGACUUAAAAUGGUCUGGAAAAUUGAAUGAAUUGUACUUGUUGGCAAUUAUUAAAAAAAGAAACAUUAAGUCACUAAGAGAUUUAACAAUUAAUCAUUUACCAUUAUUAAAAAAUAUUUUAAACAAAGGAUCAGCUGCUAUUUAUAAAUUAUAUGGAGUUGAACAAUCUCAGUUACGUAUUUAUGUCCAUUAUCAACCAUCAUUUUAUCAUUUUCAUGUUCACUUUACAUACUUGAUGCAUACGCCUCCAGGGAUAAAUGUUGGAAAAGCUCAUUUACUUACAACAAUUAUUAAUAAUAUUGAAAUGCAAGGCAACUAUUAUCAAAAAGCUACAUUAGAUUAUACUAUUAAGGAAAGUGAUCCAUUGUUUAAUCGUUUUGAAGAAAAAGGUAUUCUCCGUAAAGCUAAACUUAUUGAUGAAAGUAAUAAUGCUUAAGACAACAAUCAUUCAACUAUAUAUUUAAGAAUUUGAUAUAGGAAUGUAAAAUGGAACACGAGUUAUUAAAUAAAUAAUUAUUUCAAAAGCAAAAAUGUACAAUAAAAAUUAAUCAGAAUGACAUUGUUCAGCAACAAACAUAAUAUAAUAAUAACCAAAACUUUGGGUAAUACAAAAAUAUGUAUAUUAUUAGAGAAUAAACAAUGUUUAAAUAAUAUUUUUACAAUGACUGUGUAUGAAUAAGAAAUGUUUACAAAGUUUGAAAGACUUGAAGAAAAUCCACUCAUUGAAUGUUACCAUCGUGUAAAACUAUGAACAGGAAGAACUUUGAGAAGAAUUUCAUUAAACACAUAUUUAGAUCUAUUGAUUAAUUGAUAAAGAUAAAGGAUUAAGGCUUAAAAGUUUAGAUUUUGUUAUAAGUUUUUGCAAUGUCUUAAAUUUUAUAUACCUAUACAUAAUAAAUACUGAAAAUACA